AAAGAAAUCCGAGAUUUCUACUCGGUUAACUUUAUCGAUUGAAAAUUGAUCCUUACACGAACCUCUUCCAUUGCGAUAAUAUAUUUUCCAUGAUGUCCGUGAACAAGCAAAGUUAAACACUUAAAGGCCCACAACAAACAUUGGCUGUGGUUGGAACGUUUACUGCUAGGGAGAUUUGUUAUUCUGGACAUCAUGAGCAUAUUUCUGGAGUAAAUGACAUGCCAUGAAGGAUGCCAUACAAACAGUUCCACAGAGCAAGUGUUUCCCAGCCAAAUGAGUUUGAACUCCAACACAGACCUCCCCAUAUUAACCAUCUACCUCCAUUAAGUGCACCAUGGCCGGCCCUAAGUGAGACCCCUAAAAUUGUUGAACAAGGCUCCUAUACCAAAGCUGUUCCAGUCAAGCAGAAGAAAUUAGUUCGAGGCGUCAGUGAUUGCAUAGGUAGCAACUAUAGUCCUAGAGCUGCUCAUUUAACUACCUCACACAUUUACGAAACUACUAAACAAGCUUACACAACUGAAGAGACCUACUUUCUAUCGCCAAGAAGGUCAACGGUAUCUCUGAAUUCUUCCAAUGGUCAUCCUAGUUGGACUUCACCCUUGACAAAAAGUAAUAAUAGUUUAGGGCAUUCCAUUCUUGUGGAUGCGACCAGUUUUCGCGUUAUAAGUGAAACAAAGAAAACAGCCGACAGCUUCAACCAACCAGCUCCUGAAGAUGUCAUUAUCAAACAUGGAGAUAGUUUGCUUUUGGAAAUCAAGGAGGAAGAGGACAACGAUGAUCAAAGUCACUUGAACCAAAGAAAUGGAAACCUUGCUGAUAACACACCAAGAACAUGGAGUUCUGUUCCAAUGGAAACAGUAAUAGAGGCAGAUUUUCAUGAAUAUUCCAGUGACCAUGACGAAGAAGAAGAAAUGAAAACUCUCCAAGAAAUGAUUCUUGUCGAUGUACCCAACCAUGAUAAUCAUACUCAGGAAUGUUUAGAUGUUAAAUUUCCACCUUGGUAUUUUUCAACUCAUGGUCUUUCCCGUCCUUCAACACCAGCUGAGGAAGAGAGAGAAAGAUACUUCCUACUGGCAGAGAAAGCCAUUGAUCCAAAUAUGGUGGGUCCUAUAACAAAGGAAACAUUAGAGGGAAUUUAUCACUUUGUUCCAAGAUCAAUAAGGGCCAAGUUCCCAAAUGCUAGCAGAGCAUUUCUGAAGGAAAUGGACUUUGAUUAUAGAGCAUCUGUGAGAAGAGCAAUUUUAGACUAUAUUCUACUUGAUCAAGCUGAACAACAGAGGCUAGGUUUACUUUUGCCACUAAAGCCAUCCAAUCUGGCAGGUCGAGAUGGCUUUCCAUGGCAUGAAAAUGUUCAAGAAGCAAGACACAUCAUUGAGAAAAAUCUUUUUGUAACACAUCCAAUAAUGAGGAUCAUUUUAUAUGACUUUCAUGUCAGAUUCAAUGACUUUCGGCUUAUUGAUAUUAAUGACUUGAAAAAGCUAAUGCCAGUUACAAUGGAAGAGUUCCUGAACCAUGUCAAAGUGUCUAGCAGCUCAGCAGCCGAAACUCUUCAAAAAGUUUGGCUGUCAGAUUGCUGUAAUCUGAUUGAUGAAAUGAGGGAUGAAAUAGAAGCAUGGAUGCCAGUUGAUACAGAAUCCAGAAUCACCAUGAUGGAACAUUUCUUUAACAGUGUUGCUUCCCUUAUGUCUGUCCUGUUGAGACAGAUUGUUGAAAAAUCUAUCCAAGAUUUAGUCUCACUCAUUGAAAACUACUCAGAAGGCAAUAUGUACGAAGGGACUUAUGACAUCACCACCACAAUAGGCCUGCCAAAUACUUUACAUCCUAUUAAAAUAUUUCUGAAAGAAGAUGUUCACAACUCCACUCUACAGUUUAGUCCUUCAAUACCUGAAAUUUGUGAUUUCUUCUGUCUUAUUGUUGACACAAUUAUAUCCAGUGUACAGAAACUUAGCAGAAUAGAACAAAAACUUUUUCAAGAUGUUGAAGACACCAGGACAAUUCUGUCUGUAGAAGUGGAAGAAGAAAUAGUUGAGGCAGCCAAAGAUAGAAUAAGAAGUGUCAUGCUUGCUAAUAGCCAUGGGCCUAAAAAGUACAAGUCAGUGUAUGAAACAUUCAAGUAUUUGUACACAAAAGAAACAGAGAGCCAAGUCCAGCAUUAUGUCACUGGUGACCACCCAUUGAAGGAGUACAGAACUGUGAUAGAGAAACUAAAACAAAUGGCUUGGGAUAUUGGCUCCCUACCAGUGUAUAUUCCUUUACACUUGUUUCUGUUGGACUGUACACAUAUCAAUCAGUGGCUAGUUGACACUGCUAGGAGAUUCAUCAAUACCAUGGUAGGAAAGGUGACAGAAACAAACAACAAGUUUGAUCGUCAGAUAUGCUUUGAGUAUGAUGCAAUAGUCAAACGAUGCUCUUACCAAGCAGAGAACACCAGAGAACUUGUACAGCUACAAGAUUAUGUGGAAAGUUUGAAAGUUGUGCAAUUACUUCAAUUAAAAACAAAAUUAGAAAUAGCUGCAGAAAAUUUGAUUUUUCUGAUGGAGUAUGCCUAUUUGCCUAAAGAGGAUAUCAAUUUGCAUAAUACAACAUUCACCUGGCCUCAAAGGAUUAUCCCCAUCAUAAACUCAACGGAAACCAAGUUGCAGAGAGAACAUGAUCUAGCCUGUAACAAAUUAAAAGAAAAGAAGAAACAAUUUGAGAUUCUUCUGAGUGAAUAUUCAAAAAAAGUGAAAGACUUUGGAAUGAAAGACAGAAUGUCAGAGUCUGAGAAGUAUGUCACAGAACUAGAAGACAUAGCAAUGAGAAUUGAAGAAUUUCAAGCCAAGAAAGUGGAGAUCAAUCAGGAAGAACAAAUGCUAGAUCUAGAUAUCCAGACUGAGUAUAAUCAGAUAGAUGACAUCAGAGCUCGCAAAGAACCUUUUGAAAAACUCUGGACCACUGCUGUACACUUUCAACAAGUGCAUGACAAAUGGAUGAAUGGGCCAUUUCUAGAGGUCAAUGCAGAGGAUGUUGAAGAAGGAGUUCAGACAUUAUGGAGGACUGCUUAUAAACUGACCAAAGUCUUCUCUCACUCUGAUAUGAAAGGGCCUUUGAGAGUGUCUGCAACCAUUAAAGCUAAACUUGAGAAGUUCAAAAUAAAUAUGCCUUUAAUCACAGCACUGUGUAAUCCAGGAAUAAAACAGAGGCAUUGGGAUCUCAUGAGUCAAAAGACUGGAUUUGAUAUUACUCCAAAAAAAGACACCCCUCUUCAAGAAGUUCUACAGUUAGGUCUAGAGAAAUAUCUUGAAGAACUUGCUGGUAUCAGUUCCCAAGCAAGUAAAGAGUAUGCUCUUGAGAAGGCAUUGAAAAGAAUGAAAGAUGAAUGGGAAGUAAUGCAAUUCACAUUUGUGCAAUAUAAGGAUUCAGGGGUCAAUAUACUCUCCUCCUUCGAUGAUAUACUGGUAUUACUUGAAGACCAUACAGUUAAAACAAUGACAAUGAAGGGUUCUCCAUUUAUCAAACCUUUUGAAGAGGAAAUAAAUAAAUGGGAUCUACUUCUGCACAGGAUGAAAAGUAUUUUAGAUUCCUGGUUGCGGGUUCAGUCUGCCUGGCUGUACCUUGAGCCCAUCUUUGGCUCCCAAGAUAUUAGAAACCAGAUUCCUGUGGAGGGAAAAAUGUUUGAGGAAGUUGAUGGACAUUGGAGAGACAUCAUGCUCAAGUCAGUACAGAAUACUAAAGCCUUGGUUGUUGUUUCCCAGGAAGCAAUGUUGGAAAAACUACAGCAGUCAGAGUCAAAACUGGACGACAUACAAAGAGGUUUAAAUGACUACCUGGAAAAGAAGCGUCUCUUUUUCCCAAGAUUUUUCUUCCUCUCUAAUGAUGAGCUACUAGAGAUUUUGUCUGAAACAAAAGACCCACUCAGGGUACAGCCUCAUUUGAAAAAGUGUUUUGAAGGCAUAGCGUGUUUGACCUUUGAUGUAAAUAAAGUCAUACUGGCAAUGGAAUCAGCUGAAAAGGAAAGAGUGAAUUUUACAAUGAAAAUUAUUCCAGCUGAUGCUCAGGGAUUAGUGGAGAGAUGGUUACAACAGGUUGAGCAAGUCAUGAAGAUGAGUUUGAAAGAGGAGAUGGGAAAAGCUGUGAAGGCUUACUCUCUUACAAAACGUGGUGAGUGGGUUUUACAGUGGCCUGGCCAGAUAGUGCUUGCAGCAAGCCAAAUACAUUGGACAGCUGAAGUUACACAGGCAAUUAGAUUUGGAGGUCUGAAGGCCUACUUGGCUCGUAGCAAUAAACAAGUGGAAGAAAUUGUUGAAAUGGUGAGAGGAAAGCUUACAAAAAUGGCCAGGAUAACACUAGGAGCUCUAAUUGUUAUAGAUGUACAUGCUCGAGAUGUGAUUAGUAAUUUGCUGCACACAACCAGUCCAGAUGACUUCUCAUGGAUUUCCCAGCUCAGAUAUUACUUCAAGGAUUCUGUUUGCAAUGUGCAGAUGAUCACAACACAGGUGGCUUAUUGCUAUGAAUACUUGGGUAACACAGGUCGAUUGGUUAUUACACCUUUGACUGAUAGGUGUUACAGAACAUUGAUGGGAGCUUUGCUACUAAACCUUGGUGGGGCACCUGAAGGUCCUGCAGGAACUGGCAAAACAGAAACAUCUAAAGACUUGGCCAAGGCUGUGGCUAAACAGUGUGUUGUGUUCAACUGCUCUGAUGGAUUAGAUUACAAGGCGAUGGGCAAAUUUUUUAAAGGUCUUGCCCAGUCUGGUGCAUGGGCUUGCUUUGAUGAGUUUAACAGGAUCGAGUUAGAGGUACUGUCUGUGAUUGCCCAACAAGUGCAAACUAUUCAAAGAGCCAUCAUGGACAAGGCUGGAACAUUUGUUUUUGAAGGAACUGAGAUCUCCCUGGAUCCUACUUGUACCAUUUUCAUAACAAUGAAUCCUGGCUAUGCUGGAAGAGCUGAACUACCAGACAAUCUCAAAGUGCUUUUCCGUACAGUAGCCAUGAUGGUUCCAGACUAUGCAAUGAUUGCAGAAAUUUCUCUUUAUUCUAAUGGAUUUGUUAAUUCAAGAAGCCUAGCUUUAAAAAUUGUGGCCACUUACAGACUUUGUUCUGAACAAUUGUCAUCUCAACAUCACUAUGACUAUGGCAUGAGAGCUGUCAAAUCUGUCCUUACCGCGGCUGGAAACUUGAAACUCAAAUAUCCAGAACAAGAAGAGGAUGUAUUAGUAUUGAGAUCUAUUUGUGAUGUGAACCUUCCCAAGUUUUUGUCAGAUGAUCUGGAGCUUUUCAAAGGCAUCAUUUCGGAUUUAUUUCCUGACAUUAGUUUACCAGAACCUGACUACAGGUGUCUGGAGGAAGUGUUGGUUGAAAGAAUCAAAGAAACCAAUUUACAGUGUGUGCCCUGGUUCAUCUCCAAAAUAAUACAAAUUUAUGAAAUGAUUCAAGUCAGGCAUGGCUUAAUGAUUGUUGGAGAUCCGCUUGGUGGAAAAACAUCAGCCUUCAAAACUCUGGCUUCAUCCUUAGGAAACUUACAUCGAAAAGGAUUAAUGGAAGAAAACCUUGUCAUUUACAACAUCAUAAACCCUAAAGCAAUCACGAUGGGCCAAUUGUAUGGCAGAUUUGAUCCAGUGUCUCAUGAAUGGACUGAUGGUGUUCUAGCCAAUACUUUCAGACAACAUGCUUCAGACUCCAGCCCUAGUCGUAAGUGGAUUGUGUUUGAUGGACCAGUGGAUGCCAUAUGGAUUGAAAAUAUGAAUACUGUACUGGAUGAUAACAAAAAGCUUUGUCUAAUGAGUGGAGAAAUAAUACAAAUGAAUAGCACACAGAAUAUGAUAUUUGAACCACAAGAUUUAGAACAAGCAUCACCAGCAACAGUUAGCAGAUGUGGGAUGAUCUACAUGGAUCCAUCACAACUAGGCUGGGAGCCAUUCAUUGCUUCAUGGCUUGCAACGGAACUGCCUUCUGUUUUAAAGAAAGAACAAAGAGAUAUGAUUAAGCUCCUGUUUGAUUGGAUUCUACCGCCAUGUUUAAAUUUUGUGAUGAAAUCUUGCAAGCAUAUCUUGCAGUUACAGCAGCUUCACUAUGUGGUUUGUUUACUCAAAAUGUACAGUUGCCUUAUGGAGGAAGUCAAGAAGCUAGGUAAAGAUGAUGAAGAUGAUGACAACUUUGUCGUUGGUGACAUGGAUAAAGAGGAAACUGAGGCAGACUCUACAGUCCCAGUGGGAGCCAGUGAGAAGAAGCUGGAAGAGGAGCGCACCAACAUGCUUGUGGCUUACUUUUUAUUCUCAGUGGUUUGGUCUCUUGGCUCCACACUGGACAAUGAUUCCAGAAUAAAGUUUGAUGAGUUUUUCAGAGAGCUGUGUGAUAUGGAAGCCAGCAAAGACAAAUUCCCAAAGCCUAAAGAUCUGAAGUUUCCAAGAGCUGUUCUCAUCCCAAAAAAAGGGUUGAUCUAUGAUCAUGUCUUUGUCCGUAAACAGUUUGGAUCCUGGAGUACAUGGGCAAGUCAAGUGCAAAGUGCUAACAUAGAUGAUAAAACUCAGGUCAAUUCUCUGAUAAUCUCAACAGUAGAAACAGAGAGGCAACGUUACUUUCUCAAACUUUUUCUUCCUAAAGAUUUCCCUCUUCUGUUUGUUGGUCCAACAGGAACUGGUAAAAGUGCCAUUACAAACAGUUAUCUGCUUGAAUUACCCAGAGACAAGUAUGUGAUCAACAACAUUAACUUUUCAGCACAGACAACAGCCAAUCAAACACAAGAUAUAAUAUUCUCUAAACUUGAAAGAAGAAAGAAAGAUAUUUAUGGGCCAACAGUUGGGAAGAAGAUGUGUAUUUUUGUGGAUGAUCUGAACAUGCCAGCAAAAGAAAAAUAUGGGGCACAGCCUCCAAUAGAAAUAUUAAGACAGUGGAUUGAUCAUGGAUUCUGGUAUGACAGAAAAGACACCAGCAAACUGCGAUUGGUAGACAUUGUGAUGGUUUCUGCAAUGGCUCCACCUGGUGGUGGUAGAAACACUGUCACUCCAAGAUUUUUACGUCAUUUCAAUAUUAUCACAAUUGAAAGCUUUAGUGAGGAUACAAUGAAGAAUAUUUUUACUCCAAUAGUUGACUGGCAUUUCAAGUCAUUUGAGACAGCUCAGAGAAAAUAUUCACGGAUUAUCAUUGCCUCUACCAUGGAAGUUUACCUUUCUGCAGUGAUGAACUUCUUGCCAACUCCCUCUAAGUCUCAUUAUUUGUUCAAUUUGAGAGAUUUGUCUAGAGUGGUACAAGGUAUACUGCUACUCCAGCCAAGACUAGUGCCUCCUGGAUUGGAAGGAAACCAGAAAAUUGCAAGGCUUUGGAUACAUGAAGUUUACAGAGUCUUUUGUGACCGUUUGGUGGAUGAAGAAGAUAGGAACCAAUUUUUCAGAAUCAUUAAACACUGUGUUGAGCUUCAGUUCAAAGAAAAGUUGAACACACUUUUUAGUCACAUUGUAGAACCUGGGAAACUAAUUGUGGAUGAAGAUAUUCGUUCACUUAUAUUUGGAGAUUUCAUUUCUAAAUCGAAAGGCAACGAAUGUCUCUAUGAUGAGAUUCAAAAUUUGGAGGAACUCAAGAGAACUGUUGAGCACUAUUUAGAAGAUUUUAAUCUGACAAGUAAAACACCAAUGGACCUUGUGAUAUUUCACUUUGCUAUUGAACAUAUUUCUCGUAUAAGUAGAGUUUUGAAACAGCCCAAUGGUCAUUGUUUGUUAGUAGGUGUUGGAGGCACUGGCCGCCAAAGUGUAACCCGAUUAGCUGCAUUUAUAUCUGACUUUGAACUCUUCCAAAUUGAAAUUACGAAAAACUAUUCCAUGAAUGAGUGGAGAGAAGACAUCAGAAAGAUGAUGCGACGGACUGGAGACCUAGGUGUCUCCACAGUUUUUCUCUUUGGGGAUCAUCAGAUCAAGGAUGAAUCAUUUCUUGAGGACAUCAACAUGAUGCUAAACACUGGGGACAUUCCAAACUUGUUUGAAAAUGAAGAGCGGCUAGAGAUUAUAGAAAAGAUGCAAACUCUUUGUCAGAAAGAAAAUAUCCAGAUUGAGUUCACUCCACUGAAUAUGUAUAACAAGUUCAUUGAAAGGAUCAGACAUCACCUUCAUAUUGUUUUAGCAUUUAGUCCAAUUGGGGAAGCUUUCAGAAACAGACUGAGAAUGUUUCCUUCUUUGAUCAACUGCUGCACAAUAGAUUGGUUCAAGGCCUGGCCAGAAGAUGCAUUGGAGAUGGUAGCUAACAAAUUCUUAGAUGAUGUAGAAAUGUCAACAGAAAUAAGAAGUGAAACAGUCACAAUGUGUAAACACUUCCAUGAAAGUGUCAGAGCUUUAUCUCAAAAGUAUUAUGAAGAGAUGAGAAGAGUCAACUAUGUCACGCCCACCUGUUACCUAGAGCUUAUAAAAACUUUUAAAACUCUGCUGGGUAAACAAAGACUUCAGAUCCUCACCUUGAAGAACAGAUACAAUGUUGGGUUAGAGAAACUUCAGUUCUCUGAGGGCCAGAUUAAUGUGAUGCAAACUGAGCUGCUGGAGCUACAACCUAAGCUUAUUGAGACUAGUCAGGAAACAGAAGAACUGAUCAGCAUCAUAGAAAGGGAGACCAUUGAAGUGGAAGACAUUAAAAGAAUAGUUGAAGUUGAUGAAGCUGUGGCAAACAAGGCAGCUCAGGAAGCAGAAGCUAUAAAGAUGGACUGUGAAGAGAAAUUGUCUAUCGCCAUGCCAGCUAUGAAUGCAGCAGUGUCAGCUUUGGAUACUUUGAAGCAAAAUGACAUCACUAUAGUCAAAACUAUGAGUAACCCUCCAUCUGGAGUCAAACUAGUUAUGGAAUCUAUUUGCAUCAUGAAGGGAAUCAAGCCAGAAAAGAAAACUGACCCCAAUGGAAAACAAUUUGAGGAUUAUUGGCCAGCUGCAAAAAAGAUGCUUGGAGAUCUCAAGUUCUUAGAGUCCUUAAAAGAAUAUGACAAAGAUCAUAUUCCUGCACCAAUCAUCAAGAAAAUCAGAGACAAGUACAUCACAAAUAAAGAUUUUGAUCCAUCCAUCAUUAAAAAUGUUUCCUCUGCCUGUGAAGGUCUUUGCAAAUGGGUCAAAGCCAUUGAUGUUUAUGACAGUGUAGUAAAAGUUGUAGCACCCAAACGAGAAAGCCUGAUAGCAGCUGAAGCAGUCCUAAAUGAACAAAUGGAAAAGCUCAAAGUGAAACAAGCUGAAUUAAAGGGUGUGACAGAUAAACUACAGACACUUAAUGACCACUUAGCACAGAAACAGAUUGAAAAACAGAACCUGGAAGACAAUAUUGAAAUGACAAAGAUUAAAAUUGAUCGAGCCAAUAAAUUGAUUAAUGGACUUGGUGGGGAGAAAGACAGGUGGACACAGAAUGUUGACCAACUAAGUGCCACCUAUGAUAAUAUUAUUGGGGAUGUGUUAUUGUCUGCUGGAAUAGUUGCCUACCUUGGAGCUUUCAUAUUGGACUUUAGACAGAGCUGUAUACAAGGAUGGUAUCAACUGUGUCAACAUAAAAAUAUUCCAGUGUCUGAAUUAUUUUCUCUGUCGAACACACUGGGUGAUCCUGUCAAAAUAAGAGACUGGCAGAUAGCUGGACUCCCUGCUGACCAGUAUUCUGUAGACAAUGCUAUCAUUGUGACAUUUUCCAAUCGCUGGCCACUGAUGAUAGACCCACAGAGUCAAGCCAAUAAGUGGGUCAAAAAUAUGGAGAGAGCUAACAAACUAGAGGUCAUCAAACUCAGUAAUCCAAAUUUUUUAAGAACUUUAGAAAAUUGUAUACAGUUUGGUAAUCCAUGCCUACUUGAAAAUAUUGGUGAAGAAUUAGAUCCAAUUUUAGAAUCAGUUUUACUUCGACAAACUUUUAAACAGAACAACAUGGAGUACAUCCGAUUAGGAGAUUCCCUCAUUGAAUACAGUCAAGAUUUUAAAUUUUAUAUUACUACCUGCCUACGUAAUCCUCACUAUCUUCCUGAAGUCUCUGUCAAGGUUACUUUGAUCAAUUUUAUGAUCACACCUGCUGGACUAGAGGAUCAACUUUUGGGACUUGUGGCAGCCAAAGAGAAACCAGAUCUAGAAGAGAAGAAGAAUAAUCUCAUCCUUGAAAGUGCACACAACAGACAUCAAUUGAAAGAUAUUGAAGAUAAAAUUUUGGAAGUUUUGUCAAUGUCCAAAGGCAAUAUACUAGAAGAUGAAACAGCAAUUGAAAUAUUGUCGUCAAGUAAAGCACUUUCCAUAGAGAUCUCUGAAAAACAAAAGAUUGCUACAAAAACUGAAGAAGAGAUAGAUGUGACAAGAAAUGGUUAUAAGCCUGUGGCUAAACAUGGAAGCAUACUAUUCUUCACCAUAUCUGACUUAGCCAACAUUGACCCAAUGUAUCAGUACUCCUUAGCAUGGUUCAUUCAUCUCUAUUUACAGUCCAUUUCACACAGUGACCAUUCCACAGUGCUAGAAGAAAGAAUCCAGAAUCUGAACAGCCACUUUACAUACAGCAUUUAUAAAAAUGUAUGUAGAUCAUUGUUUGAGAAGGACAAACUUUUGUAUUCAUUUCUUCUGUGUAUUGGUCUGGCUAGGGGAAGAGGAGAAGUGGAUGGUCAAGAAUGGCGCUUUUUGCUAACAGGAGGUGUGGCCUUGGAGAAUCCUUUUUCUAAUCCAGCCCCUUCAUGGCUAUCUGAUAAAUCCUGGUCUGAAAUAGUGCGAGCGUCUCAGCUACCAGCCUUUAAGGGCUUUAUGGAAAUGGUGCAAAACUCUCCUAACAAAUGGAAAAGUUUGUAUGACUCUGCUAGCCCACAAGAAGAAAAAUACACUCAGCUGUUUGGAAGUAGUUUAACAAAGUUACAGGAGCUGAUAGUUUUGAGAUGUCUCCGACCUGAUAAGAUGAUUCCUGCAAUACAGAACUUUAUUGUUGGACAAAUGGGCCAGAAGUAUAUAGAACCUCCAACUUUUGAUCUCUCACUUUGCUAUGAAGAUUCAAGUUUCUUCUCUCCUCUGAUAUUUGUCCUGUCCCCUGGAGCAGAUCCUAUGGCCAGUUUGUAUCGGUUCGCAGAAGAAAAAGGCAUGCUACCUGCGUCUGGAGCCCAGUCUGUAACUGAUACUAAUUUAAACAGUGGACAAGAAUUGUUGAAAGAUAUAGGGGAGGGCAAAGCCAGAAAUAAAUUGCAAACAAUAUCUUUAGGACAAGGUCAAGGUCCAAUAGCUGAACGUUUAAUUUUAGAAGCUGCAGAGUCUGGCACCUGGGUUGUUCUUCAGAAUUGUCAUUUGGCAGCAUCAUGGCUUCCAGAACUUGAGCGUAUAUGUGAAACUAUACUAACUGAUGCUGAUGUUACAAGAGAUACAUUCCGACUGUGGCUGACUAGUUAUCCAUCAUCAAUAUUCCCUGUUUCAGUUCUACAGAAUGGUGUUAAAAUGACCAAUGAACCACCAAAAGGACUGAGGGCCAAUUUGCUGAGGUCAUAUCUGAAUGAUCCCAUCUCAAACACAGAGUUCUUUAAUAGUUCAAAUAAACCACAGGUGUUUCGGAAACUACUAUUUGGGCUUUGUUUUUUCCAUGCACUGGUUCAAGAAAGACGAAAAUUUGGACCACUGGGCUGGAAUAUUCCUUAUGAGUUUAAUGAAUCUGACCUACGAGUUUCAGUGCAGCAGUUACAGAUGUUUAUCAACAAGUAUGAGAAAACUCCACUGGAAGCUUUGAUCUAUUUGACUGGAGAGUGUAACUAUGGUGGUCGAGUGACAGAUGACCUAGAUAGGAGGUUACUUCUGUCACUACUCAAAAUUUUCUACUGUAGGAACACUAUUGAAGAUGAACAGUAUAGAUUUUCAGAUAGUGGACUUUAUUAUGUAACAGUUGAAGGAACGUAUGAACAUUCCCUGGAAUACAUUAGAAGUCUUCCUCUAGUUCCACAUCCAGAGGUCUUUGGUCUUCAUGAAAAUGCAGACAUCUCUAAAGAUCAACAAGAAACUCAGCUACUGUUUGAAAGCAUUGUUUUAACCUUACCUCGACAGACAUCAGGAGGAGGUAAAUCUUCUCAAGAAAUGAUUAAAGAGCUUGCACAAGAUAUUUUACAAAAAAUACCUCAAAAAUUUAACCUGGAAGAAAUUCAGGUAAAAUAUAAAGUCAAUUACAUGGAGUCAAUGAAUACUGUGUUAAUUCAAGAACUGAUUCGAUUCAACAAUCUGAUACAUGUUAUUCGAAACAGUCUUCAGGACAUCUGUAAAGCAAUCAAAGGACUUGUGGUGAUGUCAAAUGAGUUGGAAGAUGUGUUUGAUAGUAUGAUGGUUGGAAAGGUUCCAUCAAUGUGGCUUGCAAAGUCUUAUCCAUCCUUAAAACCCCUGGGUAGUUAUGUAACAGAUUUAAUCUCUCGGCUAGCUUUUUUCAAGGAAUGGAUCAAUGGCGGGACACCAACAAUAUUUUGGAUUUCUGGGUUUUAUUUCACUCAGUCAUUUUUAACUGGAGUUUUACAAAACUAUGCCAGAAGAUUUAAAAUACCCAUUGACCAUCUGAACUUUGAGUUUGAAGUCACUAAGUAUGAAACAAGUGUGCCACAAAAACCUGCUAAUGGAGCAUACAUCCGAGGGCUUUUUAUGGAAGGUGCUAGAUGGAGUCGACAAGAUCAUGUCAUUGCUGAAAGCUUACCCAAAAUUCUCUAUGAUCAAGUGCCUAUAAUUUGGUUGAAGCCAUGUGAGCGAAGCAAGCUAGUAGAGAAAAGCUAUUACAGUUGCCCAGUGUAUAAAACAAGUGCAAGGCGUGGAGUCCUGUCCACUACAGGCCAUUCUACCAAUUAUGUGCUGACCAUGACUUUACCCAGUGAUAAACCAGAGAGUCAUUGGAUAAACAGAGGUGUAGCUUUACUGUGUCAGCUGGAUGAUUAAUUGACUCAAAUGAUAUUAGGUUUUGUUUAUUAGUAGGAUUUAUGAAUGAAUGAAUCCUUCAAUGCUAUGUAUAUUAAGAAAUUUUUUUCAAUGUGUAUAUAUAAAAGACUGUGAUAACUUUUUCUUGUGCAUAUGUUUUUGCAUAGUUAAUGCUCAUUUUAAAAAUGUAGUAAUAUAUUUCAAGCAGUAAUUUAAACAUGUUUAUGUUAUUGUAUAUUGAAAACACACAAGCAACUGUACUUAGUAUAUCUGUAAAGUCCUUCUUUUCUCAUUACUUUUCACCAUGUGCCAAAAAGUUUAAUACAGCAUAUAAACUAGAGCUAGGACAAAAUCUAGAUAUUACUUCAAUACAAAAUGCAAUGCUUUUUUUUUCAUGUUUAAUUGCAGUUAUUGUUGAU